GUUAUUGUUAUCCUUCAUUACUCUCAAAUGAUUUCGGGAUACGAGAACAAGAAGAAAAAAAAAAGUUUUACAAUACCGCGCCAUUUUCGUAUUGGAAGGAAACGCAACUUCCCGCGCGAAAACGUUUAAGUAGCAUAGAUUAAUUAGGUUAUUCACAAUGUCGUUGUUUUGAGAGAAAUGGAAGUGGACCGUAUUCUUUACAUUUUCGGAAGUUUCACGAGAAAGAAACAGGACAAGAGGAAAUCUCUGGAGCAGUCUUCGAUAAGUGCUGGGAAUAGUCCGUUGCGGGGGCCGAGGUUGCAGCGGCCUGCCAGCCAGAACCUGAAUGUGGCUCCGAGGACGUCGGCGUACAAGGGUGUGGAGGUGAAGGGAUGGGAGUGCGGGCUGUGCCGCAAGGAGCUGGUGGAGCCGCGGCUGCUGGCCUGCUUGCACAGCUUUUGCACCAGCUGCCUGCAAGGGCUGCAUCAGGAAGGCGAGGCGGAAGAAUGGAGUGAAGUCGAUCAAAGAUCCGUCCAACAGCUGGAGGGCAGCGAGUUGCGGGCGCAGUCGUGCGCCGGCUCCGCGGGCUCCGGUUACGAGAGCGACCCGCGCCACUCCGGCUCCGAUGCCAGCUGGGACCGGGGGCAGCGCAAAUACGGCAUUUUUAGCAGGCGGGUGUCAGGCAAAAGCGUCCAAUUCCUGUUGUGUCCAACAUGCAGCCACGAGACGCCUCUCCCGAUCGGGGGUAUAGCAGCCCUGCCUCUGAACUACAUCCUGCUGAGGAAGAUGGUGGCGGCAGGAAGGGAUGAUAGUGCAAAUGUACUCUGUGAUCUAUGCAAUAGUGACAAUAAGGCAGAAAGUAAAUGCGAUCAAUGCCUGGUCAGCGUUUGCUCGUCCUGCAGUGAAGCCCACGUGCGUCACAAGGCCACAUCAAGACAUUCUCUAAGACCCUUGGAUCUACUGCCCGUGCGUCACUGUAGUCAGCAUCCUCGUGCUGAGCUCAGCGUCUACUGUGCUACAUGUCAGCAGGUGAUAUGCCGCGACUGCUGCAUAGUGUCGCACUCGGGGCACGCGCUGUCCAACGCGUCGCGAGCGGCGGGCGAGCGCGCGCGGCAGCUGAGCGACGCGUGCGAGCGAGCGAGGCACGUGCCCGAACACGUCGAGCGGGCUAUAAGAAUUAUCAACUCGCAAGCCUACGAAGCUGACUCGCAAGCGGCGCGCGUGGAGGGCGAGGUUGCCGCGUGGGCGGAGCAGUACCGGCGCGCGGUAGAGGCUCACGCGCGCGCGCUUUGCCUCGCUGCAGCUGACGCGCGCCAGCGGCACCGCCUGCGCGCCGAGCAACGCGUGCGGGACCUGCAGGACUGCGCCAAGCACGCCGUGGAUGCUGUGAAAUUUGCCGAGGAGGUGUUGUCCGAGGCUCGGGAGGACGAGCUGCUGUCACUGUCAAACGCCGUAUCGCGGCGACUGGAACAAGUGUCUGAGGCAGGGGCAGGGGGCGACACAGGGGAGGGGAUAGGCCAGGGGCUGCAGUGGGAAGUGCGGUUCGCGCCUCACGCGCCGGUUGCCGCAGACCCGCGCUUGGUGGGCCGACUGUUGACUCGCGCGCCAUCUGCUAUGCACUGCCGGCUCAACACCGAUGGUUUACAGGACCUCCGAGUGGAUUGUCAACAUGAAGCCAUCUUGGAAUUGCGCGAUGAAAACGACGAGCGAAUAUGGUGCGGGGGCGAACUGGUAUCAGGGUAUUACCGUCGUCGCGACAGCUGGCGGGCGCCGGCAGCAGCGCACGUGAGAGACGUGGGGGACGGGACAUACGCCCUGAGGAUCACGCCCAGGGCUCCCGGGGCUUACUUACUGGCCAUCACUGUCGACAACAAGCCUAUCAAGGGCAGUCCAUUCCCGAUGUCGGUGCGCGUUGGCGCCGCUCAUACGGGCCAGUUUCACUGCUGCGCCUUCUGCUCUUCUGGAGGCCGCAGGGACGCGCGCUGCGGCUGCGGCGCGCUCAUGCCCGGUGGAUACUCCGGUUGCGGUCACGGUCACGCGGGCUGGCCGGGCGCGCGGCACUGGUCGUGCUGCGGCAGCACGCGACGCGCGGGCGCUUGUACUGUGACCCCGAGACCGAACACUACGCUGUACCAAUUUUCACUAUAACUGCUAUGUUGUUAACAAAU